AUGAUAAAAAUAAUAGCAUUUUUGUACUCUUUUUUAAUAUUUUAUCUUUUUGAAAGUUGGUCAUAUAAAGGUAAUGUUGAAGGAAAAGAAGUGAAAGUAAUAUAUACGAAUGAUUCUAAUAAAAAUAAAAAGAAGAAUGAAUUAAAUAAUUUUCAAUAUAUAUUUUUGAAUGAGAAUGAAGAAAAUUAUGAUAUAAGUAGUUCUGCUUUGAAUGAAAUAAAUAUAGAAGAAGAGGAUAUAUAUUUUUAUAAAAGUUUUACUAAAAUAAUAAAUUAUUUUAAAUAUCGAAUUCCAGCAAAUAUAAAUUUUACAUUUGAAUAUAAUCAUGGUGAUAUAAUAUUAUUGGAUAAGAAAAAAAAAGGUGUUACAUGUAAAAUAAAUAAUUUAUUUUAUUCAGAAUCUGGUUUAAAAUAUUUAGAUAGAAAAAAUGAAUUAUAUGUAAAAAGUGAGCCAUUUGUUAUAAAGCAUGGAAGUAAAGAAAAUAAUACUAAAAAUCAAAGUAUAACCAACAACACAAACAAAAAUAAUAUUAAUAGUAAUAAUAAUAAUAAUUACAAUAAUUAUAAUAAUUACAAUAAUAUUUAUAAUAUACCUUUCAAUUCUUCUAUGACAGAAGAUGAAAUAAUGAACGGUGCUGCUCUUUGUGAAAAUACAAAUAAGAAUUUUAUUCCAAAAAAGAUGUUAUGUUUCCCCUCAUCAAAUAAAAAUAACGAAUUGAAUAUAACAUUUAUAAAAAAUGAAGAAUAUAAACAACUCAUGGAUUUAUAUAUGACAGGCAUUAAAAAAGACAAUACAUAUAUUUUAAAAAAAAUAGCUAAUUAUUUUAAAAGCAUAUUAAAUUUAGAUUAUGAUUUAAAAAAUAUAUCUUAUUAUAUAUUUUCUAAAACAUUACAAUGUAACCUACAAAAUAUUUUUUCUUUACCUUAUGAAAAUGAAGAAGAAUAUAAAAUGCAGAAUAUUAUAUGGUCAUAUAAUAAUGAACAAAUAGCUAUAAAUAAUAGUUUUAUAUAUAGUAAUAUAUUGGGAGAUGAAAAAAUAGGAAAUAGAAAUAUCAUAUGGAGACAUGAAAAUAAUAAUAUUUUAAAAUAUAAUAUGCCUAAAUGUAAUAGUAUAUUUUUUAAUGAACAAGAAUAUUAUAAUUGCUAUAAAAAUUUACAAUAUGUAUAUGAAAUAUUAUUAUAUCAAGAAAAUAAUGUAUUAAAUAAAUAUAUUACAAAUAAAUCUAUUAUCAAAAAUAUUUCUUCGGUUAAUCAGUAUACAGCCAUUUUUUAUGAUGAUAAUGAUUAUGUUAUAUUAUUAAAAGAUUAUAAAUAUUAUAUAUCCUUUCAAUUAAAAAAUGUUAUUGACUUAGUCUUAUUCCAAGAUUCAAUAAAUGAUAUAUCUUUUUAUUAUAUAAAUUUUGAAAGUGAUAAUAUGUUGUUAAGAAUAUAUAAAUGUAGUUUAAAUAAUAAUGACAUAAAAUGUAACGACAUAUCCUUUAUUCCUUAUGAAAUUAAUUCUAAGGACAAAUAUAUAUAUUUAUCAACAAAUCAGAAGAAAGACAUAUCAGCAGUUUUUGUCAGUACUAACACCAAGGUGUGGAAAAUAUAUCGCACUCAACAAGAUGGUGAUAAUAUCAACAAUAUUGACAAUAAUAAUAAUAAUAGUAAUAAUAAUAAUAGUAAUAAUAGUAACAAUUUGUAUAGCAGAAAACUUAUCGAUUCCAUAAAAAAUACAAACGAAGAAUAUUUUGGACAUAUUAACUGUUAUGGCAUCGAAGCUACAUAUGAAAGAAAAUUCUUAUCAAAAUAUUUAAAUAAUAUACCUGAUGAGAAUGAAAAUGAAAAUGUUGUAGGAUGUUCAUACUUUAAAUAUUACAACAAUACAUCUAACACCUUGUUAAUCUCUUUUAUUGAAAAUAAACAUUUUAUUCAACGCACAUUUCAUGUAGUCAAAAAUAAAAAUAUCAUUGUAUCUAGUGGUACUACGAAAUUAAUUAUAAGGGUAAACGAAGUUUUUGAUAUGAUCAUUAUGUUUAUUAUAUUUUUGGUCCUCCUCUUGAGUGUUUAUUUGAUAUAUAAACUUCUCUUUACAAAAAAAAUGAAGGUAAGACGAAUGAAGCAUUAUUUCUUCGACGAUGCAAAAAAUAGUUGUCCCUCGACUGUAGGUCAUUGA